GCAGCUCGAGGAAAAAUAAUACAUUUUCAUAGUUUUUCCAUGAGAGCUUAGCCGAGGCGGAUAAUCUCGCAUUCGCAACAAUUUAUAGAGAAUUGGUGAAUAGUAAAUGAGGCAGAAAAGAUGGAAAUCCAUCAACUAGAACUCGUUUGCAAGGAGAUGUAUGAGUCCACGGACCAUGCAAGACGCGCUGAGGCCGAGAAGGCUCUGGUUGCAUUCCAGGACAGCCCGGAUGCGCUGACACAGUGUCAACUGCUCCUGGACCGAGCUGACUCCAGCUACUCACAACUCCUGGCCGCCACGACGCUCACCAAGCUCGUGUCGCGCAACAUUCAAGGCCUGAGCCUGAUGCAGCGCAUUGACAUCCGGAACUACGUGCUCACGUACUUCCUCAACCGGCCAAAUCUGCAGAACUUCGUGAUACAGGCGCUCGUCACACUGCUUGCGAAGAUCACCAAAUACAGUUGGUUUGACUUGUACAAGAACGAGCUCGUGUUCCGGAACAUUGUUGAGGAUGUGCGGAGUUUUCUGCAGGGAUCCGUGGAGCACUGCAUGAUUGGCGUGCAGAUUCUCUCACAGCUCACAAGUGAGAUGAAUCCAAUGGUGGAGGUGGAUGCAAAUCUCACAUUCACGAAGCACCGAAAGAUUGCCUGCAGCUUUCGGGAUACGCAAUUGUACGAUAUAUUUCUGCUGUCGUGCUCACUCCUGGGCUCUGCGCGUGAGAAUAACAAGAAUUUGAAUUUCAUGGAUGACGCCCAGAAUGGAUUGAUGACUCAGGUGUUGCGGCUGGCGAAGAAUUGCCUGAGCUUUGACUUUAUCGGUACGUCGACGGACGAAUCGACGGAUGAAUUGUCCACCAUACAGAUUCCCACGAGCUGGCGGCCGGUUUUCCUCGACUUGAACACGUUAAAUCUCUUCUUCGAUCUCUAUGACAUCCUACCGAAUAGCUUGUCUAGUCUGGCACUGGCGUGCCUCGUGCAGAUUACGUCUGUGCGAAGGUCGCUCUUCAGCAAUGCGGAGAGGGCCAAGUUCCUGUCCGCCCUCGUGCGUGGCGUGAAGAACAUUCUGGAGAACUCGAAGGGCUUCAGUGAUCCGGAGAACUAUCAUGAGUUCUGUCGGCUCUUGGCGCGCCUCAAGUCCAACUAUCAGCUGGGAGAACUCGUCACGGUGGACUGCUACCCGGAGGCGAUCCAGCUAAUUGCCAAAUUCACCAUCCAAUCGCUGCAAAUGUGGCAGUUUGCACCCAACAGCGUCCACUAUUUGCUCUCACUCUGGCAGAAGAUGGUAGCCUCCGUGCCGUUCGUAAAGUCCACAGAGCCCCAUUUGCUGGGCACCUACACGCCCGAGAUCACCAAGGCAUACAUCACGUCGCGUCUCGAGUCGGUGGCUGUGAUCGUGCGUACGGGCCAGGAGGAUCUCCUGGAUGACCAGGGCAUGGUGCAGCAGCAAUUGGAGCAACUCUCCGUCAUUGAGAGGUGCGAGUACGAGAAAACCUGCGCCCUCCUCGUCCAGCUCUUCGAUCAGACUGCCAACGCGUAUCAGCAACUUCUCUCAGUUCCGGAGCCAAACAAGAUCGAUGUGACCAUCCAGGAGGGCCAGCUGACGUGGCUAGUGUACAUCAUAGGCUCCGUGAUUGGCGCCCGCGUGAGUUUCUCCGUCAAUGACGAGCAUGAUGUGAUGGACGGAGAGCUGAUCUUCCGCGUGCUGCAGCUGAUGAAUCUCACAGACUCGCGUCUGCCUCAAGCGGGCUGUGUGAAGCUGGAGUUGGCCAUCAUGAGCUUCCUGGAGCAAGUGCGAAAGACAUACAUCAGUGAGCAGAUGCACAAAGUGUACAAGCGUCUGUCGGAAGUGCUGGGCCUCAAUGAUGAGCCCAUGCUGCUCAGUGUCAUCAACAGGAAGAUCAUCAAGAACCUCAAGUAUUGGGGUGAAUCUGAGCAGAUCAUCCGCAAGACGCUUAAUCUUCUCAAUGAUCUAUCGUCGAGUUACAGUUGCGUGAGGAAGUUGGUGAAGCUCGAUGAGAUUCAGUUCAUGCUCAACAAUCACACGAGUGAACACUUCCAAUUCCUGGGCACGAAUUGCGAUGUCUCGGAAAUGAGGAUGCGAAGUAUGUUUUACUCGUCACUCGGCCGACUUCUGAUGGUGGACUUUGGCGACGAUGAGGAGCGAUUCUACACAUUCAUGCUGCCGAUGACGAAUCAAUUUGAGUCCAUCGGUGCCAUGCUGAUGGACGUGAACAAUGGCUAUCCGUCGGACGAGGCAAAGAAGGCGCUCAUCGGCCUGUCGCGCGAUCUGCGCGGCUUGGCGUGUGUUCUAGGCACGAAGGCGGCGUACAUGAUGUUCUUCGAGUGGAUAUAUCCAGACUACACGCCCAUUCUUAUUCGCGCCAUCGAGCUGUGGGGCCACGAUCCCACCGUCACGACGCCCAUCUUGAAGCUUUUCGCUGAAUUCGUGCACAAUCGCUCACAAAGGCUGCAUUUUGAUGUUUCUAGUCCAAAUGGUGUGUUGCUGUUCAGGGAAGCAUCAAAAGUUAUCUGCACUUAUGGAAGUCGCGUGCUGACGCUGGAGGUGCACAAGAAUCAGGAGUAUCAGAUGCGUUUGAAGGGAAUGUCAGUGUGUUUCCUCAUGCUGAAGUCCAUUCUCUGCGGCAAUUAUGUCAAUUUUGGUAUCUUCAAGCUCUAUGGCGAUGAUACUCUGGACAAUGUUCUCAACACGACUGUGGAGAUGAUUCUGUCGAUACCACACAAUCAUCUCUUGGAGUACCCGAAGCUGAGUCAAUCGUACUACGUUCUUCUGGAGUGCUUGGCACAGGAUCACAUAACAUUCCUGGCCACUCUAGAACCACGUGUUUUUCUUUACAUCCUCGAGAGUAUAGCCGACGGGCUCAAGGCACUAGGUUCGAUGAAAUUUCCUUCUAAUUUUACAGAUACAAUGGUUUGCACCGGAUGCUGCUCCACAUUGGAUCACAUAGUAUCGUAUAUAUUUAAGCAACUGGCAAAUAAAGUCUCAACAUUCCCUGGGAAGAAGAUUCGUCGUGAGGUUGCGGCGCAGAAUGACACAUUCUUGAAGGUGAUGGAGUUGCAUCCGGAAAUUCUUCAGAAUAUCCUCUCAAUCCUGCUGAAUAUUAUCAUCUUUGAAGACUGCAGGAACCAAUUCUCCAUGUCGCGGCCGCUUCUUGGUCUUAUUCUGCUCUAUGAAGAGUACUUCAGACAACUUAAGGCCAACAUAAUUCAAAAUCAGCCGAUCGACAGGCAACAAACGAUGGCUCAAUGGUUCGACAAUUUAAUGGAUGGCAUUGAGAGGAAUCUACAUACGAAGAAUCGCGACAGAUUUACGCAAAACUUGUCAUUAUUCAGACGUGAUAUUAAUGAUUUGCUGAAAUCGUCAAAUUUCGCAGGAAUAGCGUCGAAUAGUGACAUGGUCGUUUCCUAGUGUUCUCCUGUGAGUGGGGAGAAUUCCUUUUGCUGGAUUAGCUCCAAUGUGGUGUACUUGUGAACUUGCGGAGCGGCCAGUUUGGCAGAUGAAGCAAAAUUAUUCAUUUUGAUAAAUUGAUGAAUUGUUAUAGAUUUAAUUGCAUUUCACCAUUCAUCUUUUAUAUUAUUUUAUCCUCUCCUUCAAGCAUAAAGUGUGAAUGCGUUUUAUCAGGUUUCUUUUCUUGAGAGUAAUUCUCAAAUGGUGAAUGGAUAAAUGGAAUGAUUAUGUGAAUUUAUGCGUGAGGUGUUAAAGAAAAAGUCGAUGUUUCUAUAGAAAUUUAAGGAUAAGUAAGAAAAAAAAACUGAAAAGGUGUUUAUGUUCAAUUUAUAAAAAAAAUCGUGAUUGCGUGUGAAUGAAGAAAGACUCACUUUUGCCAGGAAGUUAAGGAAUAUUUUGAGAAGUAAUCAGCAAUAUUUUGUAAGUGAGCAUUUUGUA